GGCCACCGUUGACGCUCAACACUGAUUCAAGAGAUGGACUUCUUUGAUCCCCAAACCAUUACACUGUUCAUGCUCUCGGCUAAUGAACGAAUGGCAGUCCAACUUCCUCUCGCGGGACUCUCCUUUCUAAAUAUCGCGGAGUUUCCUUCUGUUUUGUAUGUGUGUGGCAGGCGUAGUUUCGGGCAAGUCUAAGAAAGGUGGAGACUUUCGGGAUAACUUCCUGUACAGUAAUCUUGAUAUCGUUAGCUACAAAGAUAGGUUUGGUUGGCUAUUCAAGCAAAGACGAAUGGCUUAAGUAACGGUGUGCUAAACUUGAUUAUCGGUAUUGAAUUAAAUACACAUACAGUAGCUAGCGUUCAAGCUGCUAUAUAACUCAAGCAACCGGAUAGCAGAUUCCAAACAUCUCAUAUAGCGAGACGGUCCUGGCCACAUUGAAGGACAGUAUGGUAGAGGUUGUGGUGGAGUAUGAGUACGAAGCCCUCCAUGAAGAUGAGCUGACCCUUAGGCUGGGAGAAGUGAUCAGGAACGUCCGCAGGAUCGAGGAGGAGGGAUGGAUGGAGGGAGACCUCAACGGGAAGAGAGGACUCUUCCCUGACAACUUCGUCAAGGAGAUGAAGAAGGAGCCCAAGGAGGUGAAUGUGACAAAAGAGGAGGCCAAGGAGGAGGCGCAGCCCCAGCGGAGAGAGAAGAGUGCAGGGAAUGUGGCCAACCUGGUCCAGCGGAUGAGCACCUACGGCAUCCCAGCUGGGGGCUUCCAGCCACACUCACAGCCCCGCGGUCUCAAGAAGAAACCUAAGAAGCGGCAGUGCAGGGCUCUGUUUGAAUACGUGCCCCAGAACGAGGAUGAGCUGGAGCUGAAGAUAGGGGAUAUCAUCGACAUCAAUGAGGAGGUGGAGGAAGGCUGGUGGAGUGGAACCAUGAAUGGCAAAUCAGGACUGUUUCCCUCCAACUUCGUCAAAGAGAUGGAGACGAACGCAGACGGACAGACAAAUGACUUAACAGAUGAAGCCGACGCCAGUGGUAAAGAAGCUCUGCUCCCCCCCUCCCCCACCCACCCCUCUCCAGGCAAUGGAGUGAUCACCCAGCCCAAGAAGAUCCGGGGGGUGGGCUUUGGGGACAUCUUCAGGGAAGGUUCGGUCAAGCUAAAGGCCCGCCUGCCCAGCACAGAGGGAGAGGAGAAGAAAGACAAACCAAUCCCAUUAUUACCAUCUGCCGCAAAGCCCGCCCAUUCCAACGUGACAGACUCACAGAAAGCAGAGGGGGACAGCAAAGCAAAAGUAAAAGAAUACUGCAAGGCCACAUUUGCAUUUGAAGCCACAAACCAAGAUGAGCUGACACUGAAAGAGGGUGACGUCAUACAGAUUUUGAGUAAGGACACAGGGGAGCCGGGGUGGUGGAGAGGGGAGAUCGGAGGUAAAGAGGGAGUUUUUCCUGACAACUUUGUGACUGUGAUGUCAGACGCAGACAAAGAGCCGGCUCCCACAUCAAGAGGAUCAGUCAAACUGUCUCCCAAGCAGGAAGCAGAAGAGAGACCCAAGAAGCCACCCCCACCAUCAAAAAGCAUAGCUCGCAAACCCGAGGUCCCGUUGGCUGACAAGAAGCCCCUGCAUCCGCAUCCUGAGGACCGAGGUGACAAGACAGAUCAAAAACUGUCAAAGCCUACUGCCCCUCUGGUCCCACCCAAGAAACCUGUCCCCCCGCCAGGCAAGAGUAAACCAGGCGUCCUCCCCCCAAAACGUCCAGACAAGCCUCUCGCACCCUCCCUAGGGGCCAAGCACAAUGGAGAGGUGCCUUCCACACUUCCAAAGUCUGAUUUUGAGCCAACGUUACCCAGCAAACCAAAAACACUGUUGGGUGACUGGGGGGACAAAGCCCUUGACAUGGACCUGAUGAGCUUUGAUGAUCUGUCAUCUACCUCUGAGAAGCUGUCUCACCCCACCGCUAACAGACCAAAGAUGGCUGGAAAGAGGCUUCCCGCUCAGUUUGGAGGAGGCCACUCUCCAAACAAGGACAUCAGCGUGGAGAAAACCUUCAUGUUUGACGAAGAGGACCGCCCCAAGCCAAAGUUGAUAGACGCAAGAAAGCCAUCCAUGCCCAGCUCACACUCCCAGUCUCCCGUCCUCAAGCCCAGCCCAUCCCCGUCAGAGGGGCUCAAGGCCAGUGCGGCUUCAGCCCCUGGCCGCAGAAGUCCCAGCCCAGGCCCCUGCGCGGAGACCAAGCCCAAGGCAGAGCCAGAGGAGCGGAAGUCUGAGCUGCAGGACCUCCGAGGCCAAAUGAAAGAACUGCUGCUGUCUGUGGAGCUCCUCAAGACCCAGCAAAUGAGAGAGAUGGCAGAGCUGAGAAGCGAGCUGGACGAGGAGAGGUUGAAACGAGUGGCCCUGCAGAUGGAGAUAGAGAAAUUAAAGAAGAUGGUUCAUUCGACGUGAAGUCUGACCCAAUCAGCCUGGAACAUCAGUCACCUAUCGGUCUGUCUCUAAGUAGAAACAGGAAGGGGACGAUGGCAUUCCUAUAAUACUUUUAGUUAUCAUCAACCUAUUCCACAUUUGUAAGAUUUACAUUUUUGCACAUAUUAAGGUUUUCUAGUUCUAGAAAGGUGAUAAAUACAGAUGUAUAUGUUUUUUGUUACUUAGUUUUUUUUUUGUUUCUUUUUGUUUUGCCAACACAAACGAUCGAGGCCUUACUAACUACUGUGCUGGACUGGCAGUCUCUGCAUUCUCUAUGGGAAUGUGUGAGGGUUGCUCAAUACUACUGAUUCUGUACAAAGUGUUAGGGGAUUCCUUUUUGUUUUAUUUUUUUUAUGACUUGCAGGUAGUUGAUUUUAAAGAUGAUUCUGAUUUUCAGUUCAAGUAUCCAUAUUAGCCUCCUUUAGAUCAUAAUGAAUUAUAUUGUGAUAUGUUGCUAUAGCAACAGUGUUGUACUCCAUUGCUAUGGCAUAAGGGAUCAUUUUCUUUGGUUUUUUUUUUUUUUCUUCUAACAUUCCUAUCCAGGGUAACACUGUUGUGCCUGUUAAACACAUAUUAAAGUGUUAAUAUUGGGAGAUUACAUUUAUCAAACUGUUUAGACUUGCUGAUGAUAUAUAUUUGUAAGUUCUGACAAUGUGCUUAGACAUAUAGAGGGUCCUUUUUUCUUUUUCAUGUUGCUCUUCUUGUAAAGGUCACAUGGAACGGUUC